AUGAGCAAUAAUAGAGCAGAACUAGACAUUGGCUACCUCUCCUCUUUCAUAGUGAUACUUUUGUUUGGAUCAAAUUUUGCACCACUUAAAAGAUAUGAUACCGGUGAUGGGAUGUUUCUUCAGUGGGUGCUUUGUGCUGCUAUUUGGUUAGUUGCCUUGGCAGUCAACCUGAUACUCCAUUGCCCUAGGUUUUGGCCUUUUGCAAUCCUUGAAGGGUACAUUUGGACAACAGGGAAUAUUGCUGUUGUACCAGUUAUCAAAACCAUUGGUCUAGGCCUUAGAAUCCUAAUCUGGGGAUCAUUUAAUGCCGUGACUGGCUGGGCAAGCUCAAGGUUUGGCUGGUUUGGAAUGGAUGCUGAGGAUGUAUCAAAGCCACUGCUGAAUUACAUCAGAGCUGGGCUCUCAGUAGUGAGUGCUUUCAUAUUUUUGUUCAUCAAAAGUGAAAUACCAUGUAACACUUGUGCCACGGAUACUACAUUGUUACUGACAGAGCAUGUGAUCAACUCAACUCCAGACCCCUGUGCUGGCUCCUCCUGGGUGGACAGACUCUUAGCAGCGCACCACCGCCUGCUGGGGUGCAGUCUCCCGGUGAUAUCCGGGACACUCUAUGACUCUACAUUUGUGCCAAUCAUUUUUAUCAAGGACCAUGACAAAAGAAAUGACAGCAUAUAGGCCGGGACAAGCCAGUAUGAUUUAUAUUAUGUUUUUGCGCACUUCAGUGGCAUCUUUCUUACAAGUAUAGCCUACUUUCUGGUCUACUAUAUAGCCAUGAGAAACAGUCUCAAACUCUAUCCGGAGGCCGUCUUACCAGGGUUCCUGUCAGGAGUGCUUUGGGCAAUAGCUACCUGCUGCUGGUUCUUAGCUAAUCACUCUCUCAGCGCCGAGGUCUGUUUUCCAAUAAUCACUGCUGGUCCAGGAUUUAUAGCUGCAUUGUGGGCUGUCUUCAUUUUUAAGGAAAUACAGGGUCUGCGGAACAACCUCCUGCCCCUUCCCUUUUGCACCAUCCUGGCGGGGACGCUCAGCACCGCUUUUUCUGAAGUCUAA